AUGGAAACCAUUACUGAAAAGAUCCAUAAAGAUCCGGUCACCGGAAUCCAAACCCUAGUCGGAUCGAACCACCAGGCCCACCCCAACUUCAACUUUAGUAUCGAAAGCACCUGUCAUAGUCACAUCCGUGAUAUCCUCCUCGAUCAGCUAUCGUAUAAUCGUUCGUCAAGCACAAUCUUAGCCUCACACAUCGCUUCUGCUGCAAACAACUUAGGUUUUGGCGUUAACGGCUUCGUUAUAACCCUGUUCGUGACUGUAACGACGAAGCGUGUCUACGUUGUGCCGUCGGAGUCUGUGCUUCAGGUUCAGAGGCUGCUUUGUGAAGGAAGAAUCGAUGGAGAUGAACUCAAGAGAUUGAAGAUGGAAGCAGAACCGUGUUCCAUCUGUCUGGAGCAUCUCUUGGGUUCCAAGACCGGUGUUGUUCCCACACGCCUGCCAUGCUUGCAUGUCUUCCACGACCGCUGUAUCACGAAGUGGUUCUCCCGCAAAAAUACUUGCCCCAUGUGCCGGAGAGUUUUGUUUGAAUGA